AUGGGCGGUUUUGGCGCUUCUUUAGCAUCGGAUUCAGGCAUUGCUGAAAAUGAUGAUGUGACAUAUGAGGUGCAGUUGGAAGAAGGGAAUGACACCCCUGAACGGUGCGAAGAAGAAGAAGAGGAGGAGGAGGAGGAGGAGGAGGAGGAGGAGGAGGAGGAGAGUUUUGGAAGGGGAUUAUGUCCUACGGCUGCUGCGCGCUACGCACUGCGCCUGCUCAUGACCUCCAAAUAUGAUUAG